GACACAAGGCUGAUUCUAGAAACCGGUCAUCCAUUCUCGUGAUCUGGAUAUCAUUUUCUCUCCUGUUCCAAUCUCUCUAGUUUCAUUAGAUUCUCUGAUUGUAGGCCGUAAACCACCAGUUUUUUUUUUUACUUUCUCUUUGCCAAUGGGAUCUUUGCUCGGAGACUUGCCGUCGUUUGACCCCCACAAUUUCAGCCAACUUCGUCCCUGCGGUCAUUCUGAUCCUUCUGUGAGAUGCUCUGCUGUUGAAUGGAGUUCAUAUCGAUCUCUUCUAUGUUUUGAAUAUAAUGAAAUAGACUUUUUGCUUCCACAGAAACCAACGCCUGUCACCUACCGCCCUACUCAUAACCGGACUCUUCCGCCACCUGAUCAAGUUAUAACCACCGAGGCCAAAAAUAUCCUUAUUAGAAAUUUCUAUCAGCACGCUGAAGAGAAGUUGAGACCGAAGAGGGCUGCCACUGAACAGCUAAUACCAGAACAUGGAUGCAAGCAAGUUAAGGCUUCGACCUCCUAUUCCUAAUGAGAUUUUCGUUAGUUUCUUUGGCGCCCAUGUAAUGUACCUUCUCUUACUGAAUGUCUGUUAUAGAAACUGUAGAGCGGCUUAUUCAUUGUUGUAAACUAGGAUGUCGUACUUGUACGUUUUGUGUGUACAAAUCAAACUUCUUGUUGGUUUACCAGCGUAUCAUGUAUAGCUCUAUACAUCCUUUUAUUUGUAUUCAUUCCAUGUCACAUGGAUGAAAUCAAACUUGGAG